AUGAAUGCUAUUAUCCUCAUCCUCCACCUGCGCUCGUCAGUGAAGUUACUUUGUAAACACCUGCAGAUCUCCCAUAAUGCCCAGCUGUAUUUUGAAGGGUUGUAUGGUUGUUUGGCUGACGGGUCUGGUUUGGGUUUAACGUUGUGUGCGGAUGCAAUGCUCUGGCAGCCUGUCGUCAUUCUGAAAACUGUUUAACGUUAGUAAAGUGUUGUCAUUUAGUUAGACUGCGAUAUAACGUUAACUCAGAGGGAACAUCAGUGGGUGAUGUUAGUAACGCUGUUGUUAACCGACAGUAACGCAUUAAAACAGGCUAAGACAUCCGUAAAUAUUUCCAUAGCUAGCCUCCACCUGGCUAACAUCAAUACAGUUAGGAUAGCUAACGUUAGCUUGGCUAAUCAACAUGUUGAAGACUGUCAUACUCAUUGGAGGUCCGCAGAAAGGAACUCGGUUUCGGCCGCUGUCGUUUGAAGUCCCGAAACCAUUGUUUCCAGUGGCAGGCGUGCCAAUGUUGCAGCAUCACAUAGAGGCGUGUGCAAAGAUACCAAACAUGAAAGAGAUCCUGCUUAUUGGAUUUUACCAGCCAAACGAGGAGCUCAAUCGAUUUCUGAUGUGUGCUCAACAGGACUUUAAAGUUUCUAUCAGAUAUUUGCAGGAGUAUGCAGCUCUGGGCACAGGUGGAGGCAUCUAUCACUUCAGAGAUCAGAUACUGUCUGGAGCUCCAGAGGCUUUCUUUGUCAUGAAUGCUGAUGUGUGUUCAGAGUUUCCACUUCCUGAGAUGCUGGCAUUUCAGAAAGAGCAUGGAGAUACAUACAGCUUUGUCAUUCUUGGGACUACUGCCAACAGAAAACAGUCCAUGAACUAUGGAUGCAUUGUGGAAAACCAGCAAACAAACGAGGUUUUGCAUUAUGUGGAGAAGCCCAGCACGUUUGUCAGUGAUAUCAUAAACUGUGGGAUAUAUCUGUUCACACCAGACAUAUUCCAGCACAUCGGAACCGUCUUCCAGAAGAACCAGCAGGACAUGCUUUUAUAUGCCGAUGAGGGGGACGAGCAGUCGAACGGCUGGCAUCGGGCCGAGGUGAUCCGUCUGGAGCAGGACAUCUUCACGGCGCUGGCAGGCCAGGGCAAACUCUACGUUUACAAGACCCACCGCUUCUGGAGUCAGAUCAAAUCAGCUGGGUCUGCAAUAUAUGCCAGUCGACUGUAUCUUAACCAGUACCAUCAAACACAUCCAGAGAGGCUGGCCACAAAUAAAGAUGGAGGGCCAAAGAUAAGUGGAAAUGUUUACAUUCAUCCAACAGCUAAUAUUGAUCCGACAGCAGUGCUUGGACCUAACGUAUCCAUAGGGACCGAUGUAACCAUAGGAGCAGGAGUGCGUGUGAGAGAAUCCAUCAUCCUCCAUGGGGCCACAUUACAGGAUCACAGUUGUGUACUGAACAGCAUUGUAGGAUGGGAUAGUACUAUAGGAAAGUGGUCAAGAGUGGAGGGCACACCCAGCGACCCAAACCCAAAUGACCCUUAUGCUAAAAUGGACAGUGAAACUCUCUUCAGGGAUGGAAAACUCACUCCAUCAAUAACCAUUCUGGGUUGCAAUGUGAAUAUCCCAUCUGAAGUUAUCAUACUGAACUCUAUCGUCCUUCCUCAUAAAGAUCUGAAUAGGAGUUUCAAAAAUCAAAUCAUUCUUUAGUGAACUUUCUUUUUUCCACAUCAGAAUGUGAUGUCUGAAGCAGAAUGUGAUAUAAUGCAGUUUCUGGUAGACAUUGCACUCAAAGUUUACCUCAUGGAAGUUGUGAAGGCACUGGGAAGGUGCAACAAUGGUUUGUGUAGAUGGAGAGAAUCGGGCUACUCAAGAAAUGGAUGUGACUGUUCAGUAUUGGCAUGUGAAAGUGGAACCUUUUUACACUACCGUUUAGUUAUUAACACACUUCGGGUAGCCCUGGCAAAAAAAAAAAAAAAAGUUGGUCGAGAUAAACCACUGAUGGGGGUGACACAGCAUAAUGUUGGGGAAUUGUCAUUCAGUCAGCCUCUUAACAAGUUCGUAUCACUCUGGCAGUGUUCAAUGGUGUCUGUGAUGAAUCUGUUGAACUUAAUCAGAUUUCAUUGUGUAUUAGGUCAUUUAUAUGUUGAAAGGCUAAUGAAAGCUGUUGAAUUUUUUUUUUGACCUGCAGUGUAAAAUAAACUAAGCUACCUGAGUGCCAAGAGA